GGUCCAGACUUGGGGACUAGGCACCCUGUCCACCAGCUGGACUCUGAGCACAUUGUCCAUAGAGCAGGUGGGGAGGGAGCAGACACAGCAUGGACGUUCCUGUGCUCAUCGCCCUGUGCGUGAUCGUUGUCACUGUCCUCCACUUCCUCCUCCGGCCACAGAAAAGCACAGGUGGUGACAAAAAGGAAGAGGGGAAGAGAUCUGCCAUCACUCUGCUGGACCCCAAUGUGAAAUAUGCCCUCCCGCUGACUGAGAAGGAGGAAAUUAAUCAUGACACCAAGCGGUUUCGUUUCGCCUUGCCGUCUCCCGCACACAUCCUCGGCCUCCCUACAGGACAGCACGUCUACUUGUCAGCAAAAGUAGGUGGGAACCUGGUGAUCCGUGCCUACACACCCGUCUCCAGCGAUAAGGACCAGGGCUUCGUGGAUCUUGUUGUCAAGGUUUACUACAAGAACAGCCACCCCAAGUACCCCGAAGGAGGAAAGAUGUCCCAGUAUCUGGACAGCCUGAGCAUUGGGGACAGGGUGGACUUCAGGGGGCCAAAUGGGCUGCUUGUAUAUAAAGGAAAAGGGAAAUUUGCCAUCCGCCCUGACAAAAAGACGGAACCCGCCAUCUCUAACUUCAAACAUGUGGGAAUGAUUGCUGGAGGAACAGGCAUCACACCCAUGCUACAGCUCAUCCGGAGUGUGGUGGGAGACCCAGCUGACCAUACGACCUGCUCCCUCCUCUUCGCAAACCAGACUGAAAAGGACAUUUUGUUGCGGGAAGAACUGGAAGCUGUCCUGAGGGAUCAUCCGGACAAGUUCAAGCUGUGGUACACGCUGGACAAGGCCCCACAAGGGUGGCCAUACAGUCAGGGCUUUGUUGACGCAGAGAUGAUCAAAGAUCACCUGCCAGCCCCAGCAGAUGAUGUGCUCAUCGUGAUGUGUGGUCCACCAGCUAUGAUCCAGAAUGCAUGUCUACCCAACCUGUCCAAGCUGGGCCACAAGACCAGGAACACGUUUACUUAUUAAUGCGCCACCAACUGCAUUAACCUUUCUCGAUUUUUCCAUAGCCUUAUUCAUCUGUCUUAAACUUUCCAAAUCUAUCAUUACCCUUCUCCAUUUCUCUUUAACAACCUCCAUUUGUCCUUGACCUCCACUACUUGUACUAACCUUUCUCGAUCUGUCCUUACCCUCCUUCAACCAUUUCACUCUUGCUCCAUCUCUUCCCUCCCUUUUCAUCUUUCCAUCCCCCUCUUGCCAUUAACUGCUUUACUAUGAAAAUUUUUAAAUCCUGCAUGCAGUGUUCUGAACACUACAAAUGUGACUUGAAGUUCCGGACACUGCCAUGAUGACACUUGUCCACCAUAUGUCUCAUAAAAUGUGUUUUAUUUUACAAUAAAACACUUGUUUAUUUGCAAAAUAUUGUUUUGUAAAUUCUGUUAUUAGAGUGAUCAUAUUUGC